AUGACUCGCACCCACAAGGCCAAUGACCGUGAGCAUGCCGCCGUCACCCCGGGUGUCACCCAGGGCGGCCACCAGGAAACACCUCUGCCUCGCUACUUCGCAAAGCAUGGCCACGUCGACUCUGAACCGAACAAGGUCAAGAAGGACGGCCAUGGAAAAGCCAACUGGGGACGCGAGGGUGAUGAGCUCGAGGACUACGACUACAAGUUGACGAACCCCCGUCGCCGUUCCAACAGCAUGACUGCCCACAACAUGAAGGACUUCAAGACCAAGUUCGAGACCAUUGAGGCCGAGCCCGUCUUUGAGGAGGAGAUUCACGGCCCGCGCAGCGAGGACCACGUCAAUCUCGAGAAGAUGUCGACGAGUGACAGUAGCAACACCGACGGCAGCGUGCACGAGGAGGACGCGGCCCACAAGACAGCUUAA